AUGUGGGCAUCUAUGUGGUGGCUUCGUCAUUUUCCACCAUUCUCUUUUGGUUUCCGAUUAGUUGAUAGAAUAGUAACAGAUUUAUUUAAAAAUGUCGAUGAGGAAAUUUUAUUAAAAUUAAAUGAAAGGGAACAAAAAAUAAAUAAAAAUAAUAAUUAUUACUGUUUUGUGGAUGCUUUUUUGGAUGAUAUUGAAAAAUUUGAAAAUGAAGAUAAAAAUAUAGAAAUACCUUUAAAACAACAUAAAUAUUUUAAUGAUGAAGCAUUACGAAAUUUGUGUUUUGAUCUUUAUAUUGCUAAUAAUUCAACAACAGCAAAUACAACAGAAUUUAUGUGUCUAUAUUUAACUUUAAAUCAAGAUAUUCAAAAUAAAUUACAUGAAGAAUUAAAAAACUAUGCAAAAACUAAUGGAUUAAUAACUAAAGCAAUUGAACAAUUAAAUAAUAAUGAAGGUGGUGAUGUGUGUUUGGACUAUAUUUGUUCGGCUAUUAGUUUGGAACACAGACCUAAAUUAAUUUAUACAAAUGCUGUUGUUAAUAUAUACCCAAAUCCUCAAAAUUUUGAACCUGAACGUUAUAUAGACAACGAAGGGAAAUUAAAAAAAGCUGACGAGCUAAUAGCUUUUGGUGUGGGGAAAAGGCAAUGUGCAGGAGAAGCAUUAGCAAGAAUGAUGCUUUUCCUUUUUGCUGCAAACUUUUUUCUUGCCUACAAAUUAUUACCAGAAGAUCCAUUAAAACCUCCAAGCAUUGAAAAACUUGGAGGGUUGACAGUUUAUGUAAAAGAAAAAUAUAAACUUAGAAUAGAGCCUUAUUUAGAUUUGUUUUAA